GCAGAAACCUACCGAACCACUGAGCUAUCUCAGUGUACUGAACGGCCUGGUUCCACGCACAGCUUCGGUUCAAUCCGUUUAUUGCAGGUCGUUGCUGAGUUAAGCUCAGCAAAUAAUUGUUUAAUCGGCUUUAAUAGUUUUAUUUAUUCAGCUCUAAAGGAAUCCAGUUGCUUCAAGGGAGUGGAGACGGAUCACGGAAACGGUAAUUUAACGGGUUAUCGUCAAAUAGGCUAGCUGAUGGUGUAAAAGUGAGAGGAUGUACUCUAAAGGAUCUGACUACAGCUACGGACGGCAGGAUAAUGACAGAAAUUCAAGACGGAAGUGGGACGACUAUGAUGACAGACGAGAAGAAAGGCGUGACGUCCACAGCAAUACUUCCCGUGACUCUUAUUAUAAGUAUAGCAGAGAUGGACACAGUAGCAGAGACAGGCUGAGCAAAGGUAAAGAGUACACUGACUCUCCUAAGAGGCUUUGCAGUUCAGAUACAGCUAGCAGAGACUGGAGCAGAAGGAGCCCGGCGAGGAGGCGCAAGUCCCCGACUCUUUGGGAUGCGCCUGAAGAGAAAAGGCGAAGGCUUACGGAGGAAGAUGAUGCAGAUUAUAGGUACAAGCGGGACUCUCCAGAAAAAACUCACAGGGUGUCACCCGCUGGUUUUUCACGCAACCAACAGUUCAGAUAUUCACCGUCGUGCGAAGGUGAUGCCGGGUACAGGAAAACGUCUCCGUAUUCCAGAUCCAGGCAUCAACGUGAAGAGUUCCCACCCAAAAACCACUAUGAGGAUUUCAGGGACAGAGAUUCCGCUGACGAUUACGAAGCAAGCGCUUAUCGGAAAAGGAUACAUGGGUAUUCGCAGGAGAGGACGCUCUCACCCGAUCACACUACACGGCAGGUUGAAGCCCAGAUGAGAGAGAGGAGACCCAGCCCCUCUACUUCUGCAUAUUAUGACGGAUAUUAUGAAAACAGAGCCACUGCACCACAAAAUGGGUCUGCUGGACAGUCUUUUGAACGCGACGCCACUCCACAGAGUGCCGCCCUGCCUGAAGACAAGUCGUCCAAAGGAUUCCAGCGCUUUCUCGACGUACUUAACAAGGGCGUGAACGUUGACGUUCUCACUCAGAUAGUAAGUCAGAACCCCACACCGCUGUGUGACGGGCGCAUUUCUCCAAGGUCUUUUGUGAACGUUGCAGCUCGACGUUGGUCUCCCGGCCGCGCGGAGGGGAACCAGAAACCAUAUAAAGAUGACAGCUACUGGAAUGAAAACAAGGGAUCCCUCAGGUCUCCGCGGCAACGUCACGGGUCCGCCAGUCCAAACAGGAAUCCCGCUCCUGUCGGGGAGAAUUUCCGUGGCCGCAAGUCCCCCUCAGUGGAAGAGAUGACCAUGACGGCCGAAGAUCUGCAGAAACACAAGCAAAUGCGAGACGUUCUGCAGGCCAUCGGCGUCGACCUGGGAUUCGAAGAGCUCGGCCAAAUGUCCCAUCGAAUCCAGGAGCGUCUCUACGGCAAGAAGGAAAACGAGGGCGUCCGCAAGUUAAGCAGAGAACGAAGCGUCGGGCAGUCGGGCAACGCGGGACGUCGAAGUAGAUCGUCAUCAAGCAGACGUAGUUUCACCCCACCACGCCAGGGCGGUUAUGCAAAGCAAGAGCCGUUCAGUGAGGCGCAGGAUCUCCGGCAGCAGUCUGAAUACAGUUCGGAGCUGAAUAGAAAGUCUUCCCAAGGGGAUGAAAGACGUAAAGCAAACCCCGUGACGAGUGCUCCUUUACUGAACGCGCUCCCUCUCAACCCCAUGCACGCCGUAACGCAGCUUCCUCCUCCACGGAUGCCGACGAUGCCGCCGGCCCCCUCGGUUCCGCCGUAUCCUCCCAUCAGCCAGUUACCGGUGUCGUUCCCAACAGUCGCUCCCCCUCCGCUUCCUUUUUUCCCCCGCGUGGGACCUGGGAUUUUCUUCCCUCGUGUGCCUCCCAUGCUCUCCCCCUCACUUCUGCCACCUCCAAACGUCCCUCCUCUGCUGUCUCAGUGGAGACCGGCCCUCCCACCGCAACUGCAGCUUUUAAAUCCAACAAACGUGAAUGCCCAGCAAGCCAUGAACACUAUGCAGACGUCGAAAGCACGGGGGAGGCACCGCUUCCUGCAGAUUAUUAAGUGAGCGCGGCGUGUCUUUCACAGACGUGCUGUUUUUGUUUUGUUUUUAUUUGGGGAACCCACACAGUAGGACUAAUGGGGUUUGUAGCUUUUUUUUUGGUUUACCUUUGUAAAGUGUACAAAAAAAAAUUAGAAAACUACUAGGUUGAAAAUUAGACUGUACAGUUAACUGACAUAAAGUAAAUACCUGAUGCUUGAAGGCGCCGAAAAAUGACUCUAUUGCACCGGAUGAAAGAUCAUAAUCAUCAGGCACUUUGUAAUAACCGGACCAGCAGCAGCGAAGGGAAGAAAACGCUGACUUUUCUUGGUGAUCAAGAUUUGUUUAGCAUCAACAGAAGUGCAUAACUUCUGUUUCUGACUCAAAUCCUGGCUUGAGAAAUGUAAAUGCAUGCCUGUCCUUAAUUUUUCCAACUGAUCUUGUUGACGUAAAGGCAGACUGUUGAAUCUUUUUGUUUGCCAGGUUCACCCCCUUUUUUUUAUUGGUGUACAUGUAUUAACUGUUGAAUAAUUUGACCUGUAUGAUAUUAAAAACAGUUAUUCAAAAUAAACUUCAAAGCCAGUGUUUUAUUA